AACACCCAAUAUAUGUCCAAAGCGCUACUGGAUGAGCUCAUGGGAAAAAAUAGAAAUGCGUGCAACGGUGAAAAUGCCAACGGUCCACACUGGUCGGACGACGAUGUUUGCAAAAGUUUUCUUUGCGGCUUCUGUCCACAUGAGUUGUUUGUCAAUACCAAGACCGAUCUCGGUCCAUGUCCUAAAACGCAUGAUGAGCGCAUGAAAGAGGCGUAUGAACGCAGUAAGCGUUAUGGUAAAAUGGGCUAUGAGGAGGAGUUCGUUCGAUAUCUGAAGCGUCUAUUGGAGGACGUCGAAAAGCGAAUACGACGUGGACAUGAACGUCUUGCCGUUAAUAAGUCGGUCAAUAACCCUGAUCCACUGGCCGCUUCGGAAAAGAAAGAGAAAAUAGCUACACUAACCAAACGCAUCAACGAUCUAGUAAAGCAAGCCGAAGACCUUGGAAUGGAAGGUAAGGUUGAUCAAGCGCAGGGUGUGUUGAAGAUAUGCGAACAACUGAAGUCAGAGAGAUCCCAAUUGGAAGGCGAUGCUCGUCCUGGAAUGACACAGGUAAGUCGUGCUAUUAAUCAAAGUAACGCGGUCUAUUUCAGGGAACAUCUGUCUGGAAAAAUGCAUCUUGGUUUCGCAAAAAUACGGGAUUAUUUAAGACAAUUCAGCGAACGGCGACCGUCCCCAUCUCGCUUUGAUAAACGACCGGUGAGUCCCCAAUCCCGAUCUAAUGGACAUCGAUACAGUUAUCACCAUCGGGACAGCAGUCAUCACCGAUCUCGCCACGAUCGUCGAGAUGAUCGCCGUCGAAGUGAUAGAUCACGAUCUCGGUCCAGGCGUGCUGAUCGCCAUCGGUACGAGCACUCGACGAAAUCCUCCAAGCGCAACACUUCUCCUUUCAGCGCGGCUCGCCGACCACCAGAGGGAGCGGAAGAUUAUUGA